GAAGGAAUGAGGCACUCAAGAAGAUGUUCCCAAAAGGCCUUCUGGAUGCAGUAGCUGCGUUUGGGAGUGCUUUUUCGUGACAAGUGUUGUAUGCGUGCCUGUGGGAAUAUCCAAGCAAAACCUGCCUUCUUCAUCAGGCAGGGACAUGCUACUCUGAGACUGGAUUCAAGAAACCUAUUAAAAAGGAGCCCCCUCUCAUAAACAAUAAAUACUAAGAAGAAAAGGGAAAAUCUGAAUGUUUGACAUCCAGGACAUUUUAGCUGCACUGCUGGCUCAUUCAAGUGUCCUCUGCACGAUUCAGCAGCAACACUUUUCCUCUGUCCUGUAAGAUUCUUCUCCCUCCCCCUCCCUAAAGCGUGCCCUCCAUUGUUGUUAUCGGAGUUUCUAUGGUUUGCAUGGCUGGAGAAUAACCGUGGAGAAGCCAGGGUAUCACAAGCUUAUGGAUUUUGACAAGAGAGGGGGCAAGGGAGAGACAGAGGAAGGGAAAAAGAUGUCCAAGACAGCAAGCAGCAGGACUGGACAUGGGGGCAGGAGUUCUGGGACCAAUUCUGGAGUUCUUAUGGUUGGCCCAAAUUUCCGAGUUGGUAAAAAAAUCGGCUGCGGUAACUUUGGAGAGCUGCGGCUGGGGAAAAAUCUCUAUACUAACGAAUACGUGGCCAUCAAAUUGGAACCCAUAAAGUCCCGAGCGCCACAGCUCCAUCUGGAAUACAGGUUUUACAAACAGUUGGGAAAUUCAGAGGGAAUUCCUCAGGUGUACUACUUUGGUCCUUGUGGGAAAUACAACGCCAUGGUGCUGGAGCUGCUUGGACCCAGUUUAGAGGACCUGUUUGAUUUGUGUGACCGCACCUUCUCCCUCAAGACUGUCCUCAUGAUAGCCAUACAGCUGAUAACACGGAUGGAGUACGUUCACACCAAGAGCCUCAUAUACAGAGAUGUGAAACCUGAAAACUUUCUUGUUGGGAGGCCUGGAAGCAAGAGGCAGAACACCAUCCACAUCAUCGACUUUGGUCUGGCCAAAGAAUAUAUAGACCCUGAGACCGAAAAACACAUCCCCUACCGGGAGCACAAGAGUCUGACUGGAACGGCGCGCUACAUGAGCAUUAACACACACCUGGGGAAAGAGCAAAGCAGAAGGGAUGAUCUGGAGGCGCUGGGUCACAUGUUUAUGUAUUUCCUCAGAGGAAGCCUCCCGUGGCAGGGCUUAAAGGCUGACACUUUGAAAGAGAGAUACCAAAAGAUUGGAGACACCAAGCGAGCAACGCCUAUUGAAGUACUUUGUGAAAGCUUUCCUGAAGAGAUGGCCACUUACCUGCGCUAUGUGAGGAGGCUGGACUUCUUUGAGAAGCCAGAUUAUGAUUAUUUGAGGAAGCUUUUUACCGAUCUGUUUGACAGGAACGGCUACAUCUUUGACUACGAGUAUGACUGGGUCGGCAAGUCUCUGCCCACACCGAUAGGCCCUAUCUCUAGUGACACCCCUUUGCAGCCCAAAGUACCACAGCCGAAAAACCAGUCACCUGAGCCCAAAGGAAGUGAGUCUCAGCCCACUCCCGUGACCAAUAAGGAGACUCUGGGGUCGCACCUCACAGCUGAGCGGCUGGGGGGCUCUGUUCAGGUGAUACCCUCGACAAAUGGCGAGCUGAACACAGACGAUCCCACAGCCGGACACUCCAAUGCUCCCAUUACCGCUCCCACCGAGGUUGAAGUGGCCGACGAACCCAAGUGCUGUUGUUUCUUCAAGAGGAGAAAGAGGAAAGCUCUCCAGAGGCACAAGUGAAGGAAGAAAAUAAAGAGAACUUGAAACAUUGUGGUCACUGUCAAGUUUUAAAUGAAAGCAACUACACGACCCCCCCACCACCCCCCCAUCAUCCUCAAAGGCCCUUCUCUCUUUCCAGCUCCUCUCACCGUCUUCCCCUCCACUCGUCACCACGUACCUCCCUCUUCUCGCUCUUGUCUUUCUCCUUCUGUUUCCCCCAGCUGCCGCCGAGUCGAAGGAAUGUCGCAGACCUACUGAACUUUACAAGAGACUCCUCGAUUCUUUUCUCGAUGAAAAAAAAUAAACCUUGCAUUACAACAGGGAGGGGGCGGGGGCUUGAGGCGAAGUAUAAAAGCUGUAACCAUGAAACUCGAAUACCGUGGCGUGAGCAUGAAAAAAGAAGCAGUCGUAUAGUAGAUUCCACGCAGAACGUGCGUUGUUGGAGCAGUCUGCUGUUCGUCAGGGGAACCCGUUCGAAGUGGGCGGAGUGAACGAAAUCCGCUCUGUAGGAAAACGUUGAUUUUUAUUUUGAAUUUUCGGUGUUUUGGGAUCAAGGUGAAGUUUGCUGAUGUUACAUCCGAGAGACACAGGAAGCAUUUCAUCUAUAAAACAGAACUUGGAAGAUUUUUAUGUACCCCCUUUUUUUUUUUGUUUUGUUUCUUUUUUUUUUUAAGCAAAUCCUCAGUUUUCAAAGUCAAACCCCUGCAUUGAAAACUUUAUUUUCAUGUCGUAGUGUUCUGGAGUUCGAUUCUUUUUCUCAUUUUGGUUUUCUUUUUGUUUUUCAACAUG